AUUGAGAAGCCUCUGAAGAAUCAUCUGCUGCUUUCUGUACAGGCUGCGACACGACAGAACAAUGUCAGGACCGAGGCCUGUGGUGCUGAGCGGACCCUCCGGAGCAGGGAAGAGCACUCUGAUGAAGAGGCUGAUGAACGAACACGAGGGUGUCUUUGGAUUCAGCGUGUCACAUACAACAAGAAACCCUCGACCAGGAGAGGAAAAUGGAAAAGGGCUGAACGCGCUCCCCUUGCUUCUGGGAGCUACGUUACUGCCCGUAGCAGACAUCUUUUCCUCUGAGGACUUAGAAAUCCCAAAGAGUCCAAAAGAAUCAGAACCCACAGAUAAAGACUACCACUUCUCCACGAGAGAGGCCGUGCAGCAGGGAAUCGACAACGGCGAAUUCAUUGAAAAUGCAGAGUUUUCUGGUAACCUCUACGGAACAAGUAAAGCUGCCAUAGAAGACGUGCAGGCCCAGAACCUAAUCUGCAUCUUGGAUGUGGAUAUCCAGGGGGUGAGGAGGAUUAAAGAGACUGACCUGAACCCCAUCUACAUUUCCAUCCAGCCUCCCUCCAUGGAGAUCCUGGAAAAACGUCUGAGGGACAGACAGACAGAAACAGAGGAGAGUUUACAGAAACGUCUGGAGGCGGCACGCAUCGAUAUGGAGCUCAGUAAAGAGCCUGGAGUGUUUGAUGUCGUUAUCAUCAAUGAUGACUUAGAGAGGGCUUACGAGGAGCUGAAAGAUAUCCUCAAUGACGAAAUCCAAAAAGUUCAGGAGGCCAAAUCUUAAGAAGGAAACAGUAACAGAGCCAACACCUGAAUAACUCCAUCUUCACUGUCUGCAUCUGAAAUAAACUUUCAUCUUGAGAAAAGUUUGUUCUUUUACCCUCGUCGUUACAUGGUCAGAGGUUUCCUCAGUACAGUUUCCUGUUCACUGAUGCUCAGGUAGAAAAGAGGGACACUGAAUUGAAAGAUGAGAGUGGAGG